UUACAUUAUAAGUUACCAUGAAGUGUGUUCCUGGUCGUGUUUCAGAAGUUGAAAGUUUGAAUUUUCCAAUUAUCCGAUUUAAACGACUCUCUUUCUUACUACCUCGUUCGGUUAUCCAACAUUGAGUGUUUUGAGCGUUUCAAAUGACAUAGGAAGGAGUUAAAAAGCGGAGAAAGAGGAACUGGUUGUCUGUAGCGCGCAAAAAUCAUGUUUGUAGCUCGCGAAAUUCCUGCAGAACACAAAGAUUUAAUUCACGAUGUGUCGUAUGAUUACCACGGAAGAAGAAUGGCUACUUGUUCCAGUGAUCAAAGUGUUAAGGUUUGGGAUCUUGGAGAGGAUGGUCAGUGGCAUUGUACAGCAAGUUGGAAGACCCACUCUGGCUCAGUAUGGAAAGUAACUUGGGCACAUCCAGAAUUUGGCCAGGUGCUAGCUUCAUGUUCCUUUGACAGGACCGCUGCAGUAUGGGAAGAACAAGUUGUAGGGUCUGGUGAUGGCAUAUCACAAAGGCAAAGUCAUUGGGUGAAAAGGACCUCCCUCGUUGAUAGUAGAACCUCUGUAACAGAUGUCAAGUUUGCUCCGAAACAUUUAGGACUACAGUUGGCCACAUGUUCCAAGGAUGGCACUGUUAGAAUUUAUGAAGCUCCUGAUAUUAUGAAUUUAAGCCAGUGGCAGCUACACAAUGAGAUCUCACACAAACUGAGUUGUAGCUGUGUGUCAUGGAACUUAUCAAGAGUACAUCCACCAAUGUUAGCGGUAGGCAGUAAUGAUUCUAACACCAGUGCUGGAGGAAAAGUUCAAAUACAUGAAUACAAUGAAGCAAGCAGAAAGUGGCACAGAGUAGAAACACUUAUGGCAAUAACAGAUGCUGUUCACGAUGUGGCUUUUGCUCCAAAUUUAGGAAGGUCUUAUCAUCUUUUGGCCAUUGCUUCAAAGGAUGUUCGUAUUAUGAUGCACAAACCUUACAGAGAGCAAGGAACUGGAGCAGGAGCAAGUUUGGCCAAACUUGAUAUCAGUCUGGCAGCACAGUUUAAUGAUCAUGACUCCCAAGUUUGGAGAGUUGAGUGGAAUAUAACUGGCACAAUUCUGGCUUCCUCUGGAGAUGAUGGCUGUGUACGUUUAUGGAAAGCUAACUAUCUUAACAACUGGAAGUGUAUAACAGUUUUACGUGGAGAUGGCAUCUCAGGUUCCAUGCCUGGCCCUAGUAUGAGUGGUCCAAUCAUGAAUGGGCAGGAUCCAAAACCAGGUCUUGCUGCAUUCAAGACACAGACUACAUGGUACACAUCAUAACACAGUACUCUCUGCUUACCAUGGACACCUUUUGUAAAUGCUGAUCAGAAUACAUUGUGAUCAACACCAUCAGCAAUUAACGCAAGUAACAAAGAAUUAACUGAGAUAUGAGCUAAUCAGACAUCUUGGGGGUAAACUUCAGUAUUUACAAUUACUAGUUACAUGUGGAAGAAAAAACUAGUGAAAGAGCUUCUGAACAUUUGAUUUUUUUUUUCUCUCUCUAAGAAUAAGAGAACAGUUCUAGCUCUAGAUUUAUGAAGGGUAGAUAUCACUGUCACUGUGGAUAGGGCAGUAAGUCUUCCUAACACCUACUGGCUGGAUACCAAUUAUCCCUUAAUUAACGGUUGUCUGCCCUUUAAACAACUGGGCCCUGGUAAACUUAUAACUUGAAGCAGAUGCCUCUCAAUAUGGAUAGAUUUUAGGAUAUAUAUGAAGGAAAAAUUUCAUAUAGAAGAGAAGGGUGUUGAACUUUGUCCUGUUGAAUGAACCAAAAUUUCCAGGAGGGAGCUUUUCCAGGGGAGGGGUGCAGGGAGGAGAUUCGCAGCUUAUUGAUAAACUUCACGGCUAUAUAAAAUCUGCUGUCGUUUAUGUAUUCUCAGUAGUUUUACAUUAUGGUAUUCAGUGCCUAGUCAGUAGCCUUCUCUUUGUUGUUUGCUUCAAAAAUUUGCUUUAAUCACCUGUCAAUUACUUGCCUACUAGCAGUGUACCCCCUUCUAAGAAAAAUGCUGGAUCCACUCCUGCGAAUGGGUACAAAAUCUUAUCAUUGCAUAUUCAGUGAAUUAAAAUUAAUUCCUAAUAUAUGUUUAUGGAAGAGUCAGAUCAACAGAAAAAAUGUUAAUCACAAUCAGGUAUGAUUUCUUUUGGUAUUGUGCUAAUCUACAAGUAUUUGUUCCAUACACAAAUUAUUGUUAAUUAAUUCUACUCUUUAGGAAGCACUUAGUAGGCUUAAAUAUGUAGAAGUAGUUGACUUUGGUUGGUUAAUCAUUUCUUCUUGAUAAGUGUAUCAGUGCAGUGUGCCCAUUCGCAGUACUGAUUGUGAUUAAUUCUUGCUGAGGUCCUUUUGACCAAUUUAUCAAGGAAAACGGUUUCAUUCGGAAUUGUGAAAGCUGUACAGUAGUGUUUUAAGGAUACCUAGUACCUAACGAUUCUUUUAUUUUCCUUUGAGGAACAUACCUAUCUUGGUAAAUAAAAUAUUAUAUGUUUAAACACUUAGUUAGAGUGUUUAUAGGCAGGCAAACUCCCUCAGUCUAUAGAAUUGAUGCAGCUAAAUUGAGUCACACCUCACAUAAAAAAAACAUUAUGCCUUUUCAAGUCAUUAGUAACAAACAGAAAAUUUUCACCUCCACAAAAAAAACAAUUAUUUUUUCAGACAAAAAAAAUAAAUUCAAGAAUAAUAUUACCACAUUCUUGAUGUCUAGAAGACACUGACAUUUGUCCUUGGUAGGUUUACUGGUGAAUUCGUGUUUCUCUUCAAAUUAUUCAAAAGUCACACACACAGCAAAAAACUAAAUGAAUCCAUUCAACUGCUUAGAGCUAAAUUCAAUCCAGACUUAAAAUACAAUGUAAGUCCUGUCUCACAAUCAAAAUUACUGAGGACUUCACAUAAGUUACAAAUCACAAAAAAAUAAAAUUUGGAGUCAACUUAGUUUCAUAGCAAAAGCAUUUGAUCCACUGAGGCUUGAAUCAAACAAAAAACAAGACCCUUAAGUGUUUUUUUUCCCAAUGUAACCAAGGAAAAACAUUAAUAUUCUUUUUAAAACUAAAUCUAAAAAUCUCAAAGCAGACAAAUCCAAUGAAAAGGUUUAACUUCUACUAAUCAAGAACGAAUACUGAUACUUUUCCAAGAUAAAAUAUAAAAAUUCUAUGUUUCAUAUCUGGACAUAGUCCGUGACAGACUAAUUUAAAAUAAAACUGUAUUUUAGGGAGGCCAUAUAUCCUUGUGAGUUGUGACCC